AUGCUGUUUCUCGCCAUAACCCCGUUGCUAAUCGCGUGUGUCAGCGCUUGGGAAACAGAGCUGCACUCCACCUCACCCCUGCCCCGGGACGAGUGCCAAGUACCUUUGCUGCCCUGGACGACAACCUCACCCGACUUGGCCGUGUGUCCCGCCGUCACGGAAGCUACCGCACACAGCAGCAACCAGACUGCGACGGACGGGAAAACAUUCCGAUCCGGGCUAGAAUCGUGGGUACAAGGCAACACGUGUCAUCGGCUGCCGAACGGCGGGGACAGGUUUUGCGCCUAUACUCACCUGUCCUUCAGCGGCGGCGAGGGGAUAUCUAUCAUCACCACCCCCGAGCGAAUUGCCCAGAUCUCCUCGUGGCCCAUCUUUGAAGAUGAAAAUGACGAUAAUGGCGUUCUUAAUCAUGCCUCGUUUUCUCCGUCAUACGAGGAUGCCGAAAUACCAGGCAAAGGAAUAGGCCUCAUUGCAACCCGUCCCAUCCGAGCCGGUUUGCGUGUUAUGGCACGCACGCCGGCGCUCAUGGUAGACAGCCGGGCUUUGGAGGGUUUGGAUCAGGUGUACGUGGCGGAGUUGAUGGGUGGUGCGGUCGAGCAGUUGCCACGGGAGCAUCGGGGGAGGUUUUUGAAUCUGUCGACGCAUGACGAUGUUAGGCUCAAGGGGUUCAACGAGAGGGUCCAUUGGAUUUUCAGUAUCAAUCGCUUUCGAACGGGGCUUGGAGAUGGAGGAGCCGGGUUUCAUUCGGCUUUUACUGAAGUAUCGAGGCUCAAUCACGACUGCCGGCCGAACUGUGUCUAUUACUUUGACCCUAAUACGCUGACUCAUCAUGUUGUUGCGGUCAGUGACAUUUUUCCGGGGGAGGAGUUGUCGGUUUCGUAUAUCGAUGGUUUCCAACCCAGCACAGCAAGAAAAGAAACCCUGCAAAACCACUGGGGAUUCCCCUGCUCCUGCCACCGCUGCACCGCCGAGCCUCACCUCGUCGCCGAAUCCGACAACAGGAUAGCGCAGAUCCGACAGCUCUGGAAGGAACUGGACGACUACUCCUCCUCGUCGACUGCCACACCGGAAAAAGCGGAGCUACUCGUGCUGCUGUACGAAAUGGAAGGUAUGCUAGGUCGCAUGCAAGAGGCGUACUAUCGCGCCGCUAUGGAGUGGAACGGCGUGGGGCAUGCGGCAAAAGCGAUGGCAUAUGCCAGGUUGUGCAUCGACCGCGGGUUGGCAUUUAAGGGGCCUGGGAAGCCGUUUAUUGAGAGCAUGGAGAUGCUUCUCAGGGAGCCGGAGGCGCACCAUAGCUGGAGGUUUCGGGUUGGUCAAAUGGGGUCGAGUUGA